GGUGGUGACUGCGGGAUGUUUCACGAAAGAUUUUACAAGCGACGAAACUUGGAUUUACAGACUUCACCUUUUCGCUCAGGUGUCACAGUAAAGAUGACGGCGCAGGUAGACUACCUGGUGGUGUUUUUCACCGCCACAUCUGGCGCGAGUGGAGAGCUGCUGGGAUCCGACGAGAAGGAGCUCGUGCAGUUGGUUUGGCAGCUGGUGGAUGUAAAGAACAAACAGUUGGGCAAGGUGAAUGAGAUCCUCAUUAAGCCUGACCUCUCAGAAUUGACAGAGAAAAAAGAGGAGGAGGAUGUGGUGGAGGAGAGUGUGGAAGAGGAGAAUGGAUCCGGAGCAGAUAAUGUCUCCACAGCCUCAAGUUUUGAGACAGCAUUAAACCUGUUUCAUCUAGAACUGUCAAACGAGGUGAACAGCGCGGGCGCAGGCACGUCGGUGUGUUUGUGUACAGACGGGCAGCUCCACAUCCGCCAAGUGAUUCACCCCGAGGCUGCGAGCAAGAACAUCCUGGUCCCAGACUGUUUCUACUCUUUCUUUGACCUUCGGAAAGAGUUCAAGAUGCAUUUCCCGUCACCUGACCUCAAGGCUUUGAAUGUACAUAUCAUGGCAGAGUCUCUUAGUAUGCCUGUUGAUGUGCCCCCCAUGUGGGAUCCCUCAUCCACACUGGAUCCCUCUGCCAUACUGACCGCAGAAAUAGCUGUACAGCAGGUCCAGAUUAUGGGCAGCAUUGUCCUGGCCCUGCUUUCUGAGCCAUAUAGCCACACAUUUACUAACCAGGAGAGAGUUAGUGAGAAGUUUGAGAACGGCACUUGCAGUAAGAUGGAGAAAGUGUGUGACAACUCAGUGAUCAGAGCCAGAGGGUUGCCCUGGCAGUCUUCUGAUCAGGACAUCGCUCGAUUCUUCAGAGGACUCAACAUUGCCAAAGGAGGGGCUGCAUUGUGUCUUAAUGCUCAGGGGAGGAGGAACGGAGAAGCUCUCGUUCGUUUUGACAGUGAAGAACACAGAGACCUGGCGCUGCAGAGACACAAACACCACAUGGGCAACAGAUACAUAGAGGUUUACAAAGCAUCUGGAGAGGACUUCCUGAAGAUAGCAGGAGGUACCUCCAAUGAGGUGGCGACGUUCCUAUCCCGGGAGGACCAGAUCAUAGUGAGGAUGAGAGGUCUCCCCUUCAUCGCCACACACGAGCAGGUGCUGGCCUUCUUCUCCCCGGGGGACGGCCUCAAAGAGACCUGUCCGGUCAGCGGAAGGGUGGACGGCAUCCUGUUCGUACGCUAUCCAGACGGGCGUCCCACUGGCGAUGCUUUUGUCUUAUUUGCCUGCGAGGAACAUGCCCAGUGUGCUCUGAGGAAACACAAGGAAAUCCUGGGCAGAAGAUAUAUUGAGCUGUUCAAAAGUACAGCAGCAGAGGUCCAACAGGUGUUGAACCGGUAUUCUUCGGCCCCUCUGAUCGCUGUGGCCCCUGCCCCCUUGGUGUCCAUGCUGCCCACAGUGUCUCUCCUGCCCCCUCCUGGUGGUUUGAGAGACUGCCUGAGGCUCAGGGGGCUGCCGUACACAGCGAGCAUAGAGGACAUCCUCACCUUCCUGGGCGAGUUUACACAAGAUAUCAGACCACAUGGCGUGCACAUGGUCCUCAACCAGCAGGGUCGUCCAUCAGGUGACUGCUUCAUCCAGAUGACCUCAGCAGAGCGGGCGAUCCACGCCUCACAGCGGCUCCACAAGCACGUCAUGUCCAGCCAGCGCGGGGCCAGCAGCCGCUACGUGGAGGUGUUCCCCUGCAGCGCGGAGGAGAUGGGCCUGGUGCUGAUGGGAGGCUCGCUCUCACACACACAUACACACACACACACCCGGAACAGGAGUGGGACAGGGCUCAGUCCGCCGCCAUGUAAGUCAAGACGUUUAUCUCCACCCUCCUACUCCUUCGGCCACGCUCAACCCGUCAUGUCCUCAGAGGCGGCUGCUGCCCUCUACCCUCAGAUUGGUCAGAUGCUGCUGGCCCCACGCCCCCUGCACCCAGGACAUGCAUACUACCCCGCCUCGGCUCAGCUAUACAUGAACUACGCAGCUUACUACCCAAGUCCACCUGGCUCACCCACCGCUCUAGGUUUCUACCCCACCCCCUCCUCGCUGUCCUCCCAAGGGGGGUUGAUGCGCAUGCCAGGUCUGACAUACAACAGCAACGGAGUCAAAGACCUCAUUAAUGCAGUGCAGGGAUACCAGUAUACCCCAGAGGAAGCUCUCAUGCACGCCCACGGGGCUAUGCACGCUCACGACCCGACCGGGACAUUGCUUACACAGCCCAAAGAAUGGGUGUGUAUUUAAGGUGUCUAAGGCAGGUGGCAGAGUCCCGCAGAGUCCAUGUCUCUCCUGAGCAGCAGUCUGAUUGGUCAGUCCAGCGGAGGUGAGGCUUCUCUCAUGUCCCUCUCCGGUCUCAUGGCCAAGCCGGGGGGGCAGUACCUGGACCUGACCCUGUUGUAGGGUCACAAUUUAACAAAGGUCAUGUGACGAUUUGUUAUAUGUCAAAGACUUGUAAUGUAUUGUUAGGUUUUUAAAAAUAGUCUUUUAGAUGUGUUAUUUAUAUCUUUAAGAUCAGAAAUUAAUGUAUUUUAUACCAAAAUCAUUGUGGCCGUAGCCCAAAAAAAUAGCAGUUUUGUCUUAUAUUGCACAGUGUGUAUUUUAAAAGCUUUAUAGAGAUUUUUUUACAUGUAAGAAUAUUAUAAUCAUGAUGAUAUAUUUUCUAGCCAAACUUGAGAAUGAUGAACUAGUAGCUACAUUUUUUCCAAAAGCUUCUCUGUGAAGAGUGAAAGUGUGCGCGAGUGUGUUUUAGUGUGAAAGAGAUGAAAUUGAGGAUUAUGCAUGGCUGUGUUGAUACAUCUUAAUACUCAAUCUGUUUAUGCAACUCAUUUAAUGUGUUUAUAUACACUUGAUACAGUACACAGUGAUUGUAUUGGAAGCUUUAGUGCAUGAAGAAGUUAGUAGUACAACUUUUAAGAUGUUUACAUAAUGCCAAAUAUCAAUGCACUGCUAAUCAAUAAGACUACUAAUGAAUAUUAUAGCAGUAUCUUCGAAUGAUAACAUAUGUUACACUGUGAGUUUGUCCAAAAGUCAGCCUUCACUUACAAAAUGGUGACAUCUCGCACUCAUUAACCCCCUCGUUCCCUUUACAUCUGCCCUAUACGGGUGUGUUUCCAUGUUGUGAAAUGCCUAUGUUGUCUUGCCCUUUGUUUUUGACUCACAUUUGAACAGAGGACAUUCCCACUUCUCUGUAACAUAACCACAGGGUUGCAUUCUUCAAGAAGACUCAUGUCACAAGCUCUCAUCUUACUGAUUGAAUCUCAGGAGCCAGAGGUGGUUUAUGACCGAUUUAAUUACAUGUUUUGCUCAAAUAAGACCAAAAAGAUGUUAUCAGGCCAUCACACUUUCCUUGUCUUCUUUUCAACAUCUAUGUGGGGGAUGCAAAACAGGUUUCCCUGCAGAAAUCGUUUUGCCAUUUCUCUUGUUAGCUGAAUCAUUUGGAGAGUUAAUGGAAAGUUGAAAAGCAAAGGUAACAAUGAACACCUCUGACGUGUAUAUUGUGAAUAAUUAACUUCACUGCCACUUUUGCCCUGUUUGGGCUUCAUGUUGCUGUACACACAUCAUACAGUGGGAGUCCUGCUCAGGAUGUCAAGCUGUGUCAAUGCUGAAACAACAAUAAAUAUAACAUGUGAAGUCUGCCAGCUA